AAGUCGUGAACUCGUGACUGAAAAACUUGCCAAUUUUGCCGAAAUCUAUCUCAUAUUUAAUUUAAACUUAUUUGUAGUUUUACAUAAUGUUCAGUGCUACGAUUUGAACUGACUUUGCGAUAGGUUGAAGUGGUAUUACAAUUUUCAACAUGGGAGCGCCAUAUGCGGAAUUAGAAAAACCUCUGGAAGAGUAUGCCGUGCUCUGCCGGGGCUGCUUAGCGGAGUCCGGUGUCAUGAAGGACAUGGUUGAGUGGGGCCUUACCGAGGACUUCUUUAAGUUCACUAAUGUACAGGUGGACCAAUCCAACGGCCUGUCGCAGCUGCUCUGCACCACGUGUGAGGACUUGCUGGACAAGUGCAAGAGUUUCCGCGAACAGUGCCGCAACUCGAACAACGUGCUGAUUGACAUCAUGAAGAAAAAAACAAAAGAAUCGUCUAUAUCGCCUGAACCGAUCGUCGAAUUGGUUGAAAAUAAAACCGAUGAAACGGAGGAACAGGAGUCCGAUCCCAUCUCAAUAUCCUGUAUCCUCUGCGAAGACCAACUAAUCAUCAUGAUAACUGCAGCGGACACUGAGUCUAAGAUAUACUUCUCCUGUCCCUACAGUUGCACCGACAAGUUUCUCAAAAAGCCCGAUUUGCUCCAUCAUCUAUCAAAAUACCAUAAUGUAGACGAAAAGUCGUUCGAGAUCGAAUUCCGGUACUACUGUGCUUUUAAAGACUGUAAUUACCACGCCAGCAAUACUAAAGAAAAUAAAUGGUUUUCCGGCAGGAAGUUUCUGAACCAACAUUAUAAUAAAGUGCACAAGAACAAACGACUUCAUUGCGACGUUUGCAGCCUCAGAUUCACGACCGAUUCUGAGUUUAACAGACAUCUAAGUACGUGCAACAUGAAAUAUUCGUGUCCAGUUUGUCCCAUGGAUUAUGAUCUGAACGAGAAACUGCUGGUACAUUUGAUGCGGCGACACCCGGAAAUACACAAACAGUAUAAGAAUGACCGCAAAGCAUAUAAACGAAAAGCCAAAAUAGAGACUGAAACAAAAAAGGCUAAAGUGGAAACUGAGCGGCUUGAAAACUACAUGUGUGACAGUCCAAAGCGCUCUUUCGCGACUCAAACCUUGAAACCUGAGGAAAAUAUAAAAAAUGACGUCUCGCUUUGGAAUAUUCCCGGCAAAAGCGACGAAGCAAAAACCGACGAAAUAUCAACGCAAACUGUUUUCGAAGACCUUUUAUCCCUAAAAUCGCAGAACAGCGAAGAUGAAUCCAUAUUUUUCUCAGAAACAGUCUCCCUAUCCGAUAUUCAAACUCAAACCUUCCCUCUUGAGUUUGGCUUGAGUCGUUCUAACAAAGAAACGAUUACAUCGGAAACCCAAUCUCCAGAUUUGAGUAUAAAAGAGACCCAAACCUGCGUUUGUCUUUACGAUUCGCCUAAAACAAACUAUAGACUCUUCGACAGCGUAUCAUCAAGUCCCUGUAGCAUCAAUUUGACGUCGACUGAGACUCAGACCGCCGAAUUUAGGUCGAGCUUGAGAGCUGAUGUGCUAUUAAGCUUCAACUCCACUGAAACCCAGACGUGCUUUGACGAGGAUCUGGAUAAAAGCGCUUUGUGAUGGCUAGACUUCUAGCCCGAGUCAUUCGGUUACGUGGAUGAUAUCGCGGCAAUUCAGACUGAUCUUGAAAAGCAUGAAGAAUUUUAAAGCUUUAAUGUUA